CACGGAUUUAGCAAUUGAACGCUUUUCGUAACUUAAACGUCCGAAACAUGCCUUAAUAGUUUACUUUUUCAGGGUAUCUAGUUUAAAACUUCGUUGCAACUGUUGGAAAAAACAAAGAAAUGGCGGAGUUUUGGAUUAGUUUCUUUUCAAAUGGCUGUAUAGCUGUUACAAUAAUCAUGUUUGCUACUGGCAUCCCACAAUGUAUGGAAAUGAUGAAGAAAAAGACGACUAAAAACAUUCCAUUUCUUCCAUAUUUGAUUACAAAUGUAAACGCAAUUGGCUGGAUAAUUUAUGGAAAAAUGACCGUAAACUUUACUGUUGUGUUUGUGAAUACAAUUGGUGCCGGACUGCAAACUCUCUACAUGGCCGUGUACAUAUUCUUUGCAGCAGACAAGUCCAAACCUUUGGUGCAAUCAAGUGUAUGUGGUGGGGCUGCAGCGAUCACAUGGUACAUCAUCACACAAUUUGCAAAUGUCAUUGAUGCUAUCAAUGUAACUGGAAUCAUCUGCUGUACUGUUACUAUCUUCAUGUUUGCCUCUCCACUUGCAGAAAUAAAUACUGUUAUUGCAAAUAAAUCAACGGCUACCAUUUCAUUACCACUUACUGUCACUGCAUCCCUGUGUUCUGCUAUGUGGACAAUGUUUGGACUUGUUUUACAUGAUAACUUCAUCAUUAUUCCAAAUGUUCUUGGAUUCUUUGCAGCUUUUUCCCGGUUUUAUCUUUUCUAUAAAUAUCCAUCAUCUCCUGGCCUUCCUCAUUCAGUAUGAGACAUAGGUGUCCAGUUGUUUAAAAAACAAAAUCUAGUGUGACAUUGUUAAAAUGUAGUUACACUGAUAGUCUUCAGACAUAAGGAACACUAUUGAUAAAUAUGGUAAAUGCAGUAUCUUUUUGUUGGUAUAUAGUCACCUACCCGCAGGUAAAAACUGUUUUAUGCUUUAAAUUCGUAUGCUAAAACAUUAACCCGUCACUUCAAUAUUUAAUGUGUCAUUUGACUAGGCUAUGAGUUAUUCUUAUGCAGUUAACUAAAGUUCAAAAUUCGGGCAUACUGUUACCAUGUAAAAUGCUUUUGGCAGAUUGCUUAUUUGCUGUAUUCUGUAUGUUACUUGCCUAAUCCCCUUUUCUUUGCUUUUAUCAGUUAUAACACAAAAUACUAAGACUGCCUAUCAAACAGCACUGUACCUAAUUUUCCUAAAUAUAUUGGUAUUAUCAAGUUAUUUAAACGUUACCUAAUCUGCAGUUACUUAAAAAAACAACCCCAAAAUAUGAUUGUAUGUUUUUUAAACGCAGAAAGUUUUAUAUUUUGUUUUACUGUUUAAAAAUCUCUUUUGCUUGCUUUGUGCGAUUAUUUAGAAGUACGCUAUAUGCACUACACAAGAUAAUAAAAUGUUUUAUGUUAA